UAGUCAAAUUCACAGGACAAACCGAUAGCUAGGCCUAGGCAGCUUCCUCAAUCUGAUCCCACCAUUCAUUCAAAACACCAAAAAUCUUACUAUCAAAGUAAUCAAUUUUCCUUUUCCAGUUGAUCCAGAUCCCAGUCAAAACUCUCACAGAGAAGAAACAUGAGUGGUGACGAGAAAAACCCGGCUGUAGUUGUAGAUCACCAGCAUCAUCAAUAUGGGACUUUCCAAGGAGUAUCCAACUACCCUCCUCCACCUCCUCCCCAGCACCAUGGCCCGGCUAUUGGGUUUCCUCAGCCUGUUCCGCCGCCUGGCCUCCAUGAGCCCUCUGCUCCUCCUCCACAGUAUUACCCCCAAGGUUAUCAAACCGUUCCAGGUUAUGCUGUUGCUGAAGGAAGACCUGUAAGAGAGCGUCGUCUACCAUGCUGUGGCAUUGGUUUUGGAUGGUUCUUGUUUAUCAUUGGUUUCUUCCUUGGGGCCAUCCCCUGGUACAUUGGAUUGUUUGUUCUACUUUGUGCGAGGAUAGACUACCGAGAGAAGCCGGGAUAUAUUGCUUGCACAAUUGCCGCUGUUCUUGCUACAAUUGCUAUUAUCCUUGGUGUAACGAAGGGAAUCGAUGAUUGACAAGCUCUUCCGAGUGGGAAAAUAAUGUAUAUUUCCUUGUAAGCUAUCUUUAUGUCGAAUUGGUUUAAGAAUCAGUGUGAGCAUUAGUGAUGUUUGUUUUAUCAUUGCUCCGAUAGCAAUGGAGAUUGUUAAAUUAAACUUCUACAUAGAUUUAUUAUUAAGCCGAUAGAAAGUGCAUAUGUUAAGUUGUAUGAUACACAGGGUUUGCAAUGUUCAUAUGGAACAGGGAAAACAUGGUUCAAUUUGAUAUUGUUUGCAUAA